UUAGUGCCAAAUGUGGUGUAAGCCCCCAACAGAGUCAGUGCGCAUCUCCCUUUGGCAAGUAUAGCAGAAAGAAGUGUGCGUGUCCGCGAGAGCUACGUGGGUUCCAUACAUCACAGCAAGGCAGUCACUCACACGGAGGAGGGGGGAGGAGAGAGGAGGAGGAAAGAGGAGAGAGGCAACUUCAGCCAGCUCCAUCAUCACAGGCGCCCAGACUCCAGGAGGAGGAGAGCGCACAGCAGUGAACAAGUGGACCGCGCUUCCAACCCGUGGCUUUUGUUUCUUCAAAGUGGAAAGUUAGCAGGAGUGGCAAACAUGCAUCUGUGACUAGAUUUCCACCAAGUGUUGGGACAUAUUCAGAGCGAUUGCCCUCGAGUGGAUCAUAUCACGGGAGUGCGUCCGUGCGAGUGAGUGAGUGGACCACAAGCAGCCCCGCACGAAACAGACGGCGUUUAUCCGCGCGGCCACGGGGGAACAACUACAAUGGUCGUGCUUUACCUCAUCUUUUGCCUUAUGGCCUCGGCCGCCACCCGAGCAGCCUACUUUUCCCAGCAGCCUCAGGACCAGGUAGUGGUGUCUGGCCAGUCCGUGACUCUACCAUGUGUCAUAGUGGGCUAUCGGGAGAUGGUGCAGUGGACCAAAGAUGGACUGGCUUUGGGUGGAGAGAGAGAUCUACCAGGCUGGAAACGCUACUCCUUAAUGGGCGACCCGCUAUCAGGCGAGCACAGCUUGCUGAUCGAUUCGGCAGAGCUGGUGGAUGAUGCCGUGUACGAGUGUCAGGCGACACAGGCGGGCCUGCGCUCACACCGUGCCAAGCUGACUGUGCUAGUCCCUCCUUCAGAUCCCUUGGUGGAGGGAGGCCCCGUUGUGCGUCUUAAAGCCCAUACGCCACACAACCUCACCUGCAGAUCUUACGGAGCCAAACCUGCUGCAGAGAUCACCUGGUACAGAGAUGGGGAAGUCAUGGAGACAGCCAUUUAUUCCAAGACACUGAUGGAAGAUGGGAAGAGGGAGGCAGCUGUCAGUAUGCUUCCAAUCAUCCCAGAGGACAGCGACUCCGGCCGCACCUACACCUGCAGAGUUCUCAACCAAGCUGCCCCUGCUGGAAGACAAACAUCCAUCACUAUCAAUGUCCAACAUCCUCCGUCUGUGGUUUUGUCAGUCCAGCCUCAGACGGUAACCGAAGGCGCCAAGGUUCUCUUCGUAUGCACCGCUUCAGCCAAUCCGGAGAUUAUUGGCUACAGGUGGUCUAAAGGAGGCGUCCCCAUCUCCGAGGCCAACGGUGACAGUCUGGAGGUGACUGUGGACUAUUCCUACUUCACAGAUCCGGUGUCCUGCGCGGUGUCCAACUCUGUGGGCAGCACCAAUGUCAGCACCCUGGUCGAUGUGCAAUUUGGCCCCAGAUUGUUGUCGGGGCCAAAGCCAAUGACGGUUGAUAUCGGGAUGGAUGCGGCAUUCACUUGCACGUGGACUGGAAACCCUCCCCUGACCCUAGCUUGGACCAAACAAGGCUCAAGCGAGGUUUUAAGUAACAGCAACACCUUGCAAAUCAAGUCUGUGACUCAAGCAGAAGCCGGCACUUACACCUGUAAGGCUAUUGUUCCCCGCAUCGGAAUUGCGGAAAGAGAAGCCACUCUGACCGUAAACGGCCCUCCUAUCAUCACUGCUGAGGCCACACAACAUGCUGUGAAGCACUCCAAGGGCAAGCUGGAAUGUAGGGUGGGCAGCACCCCGCCGCCUUAUAAGAUUGUAUGGUCCUUUGGAGAUAUCAGCUUGUCGUCCGGUGCCUCUGGUCGCUACUCAGUGCAGACGGUAACCAACGAUCAAGGAGUUGUGUCCUCUCUGGUGCUUUCCGAGACUCUGGCGCCGGAUUUUGACCUGCGCUACAACUGUACUGCCUGGAACAACUUUGGCACUGGCACCGCCUUGCUCACGCUCAAAGAACAAGAAGCCGCACCUAUGUUGUUAAUUGUUGGUGGAUCGGUUGGCGGAGGCUGUGUCCUGCUCAUUUGCGUCAUUACGCUCAUCUCCAUCUGCUGCAGGCACACAGGAAAAGGUGAGCUCAACGGCAAAAGAUGUACUCGCCUCUCCAAGAGCGACAUCAGAGUUCAAAUCGUUCACAGUGAUCACAAUGCCACACGAGGAAAUGAUGACGAGGAGGAUGUCAAAGAGCCCAUGGCUCCAAAUAGUAGCGAGUCUCCCGGGACAUCUCGCACAGAACACAGUGAUCUCUUGGAAGAGGAGGAGGAUGAGCGAUCGGACAUCAAGGAUCCCACCAACGGCUACUACAACGUACGCGGCCACGAAGAUCGGAACAUUCGCGGCGGCGGUUUCUCCGAAUACGUUCCCAACCCUCGGCCUGUCUACACACCGUCGCAGCUACCGUCCCCGAGCCCAAUGUACGGCCAACACGGUACCCAGCCACGGGUCUACGACUUCGCCCAAAGAUACGCCACCAACACGCUGACCCAGUCGACGUAUGAACAACAACAGGCCGCCCAACAGCAGCCUUCUCAACCGGCCACCAUUUAUCCCACCGACCCAACCGUCUACAGUGGCUCCGCCUACCUGCCUGCAACCUACGGUCGCGCCUUCACCAGUUACGUUAAGCCGGCCUCUUAUGAAAAAGUGGAUGCGUACGACCAGUCGGACGAAGCCAGCAAGGUGUCCAGCUCGUCCCGUUUCUCUUACGCCUCGUCACAAGUGUCCUCCCAACAGUCGGACUACGGCCGACCCUCACAACGUAUGCAGACGCAUGUUUGAUUAGACGAAAGGAGUCGGAAAUCAAAAGCUACGAGGAGUUAACGACGAACUAACAUGAACUUUGUCAACUUUGGACAAAUAUUAAGAGGGAGUCACAGCAAGCCGUUGGCGGGAAUGGCGGGAUCAUCAUCGAUGCUUAACAAAGCUGAACAUUUCAGCAGAUUGUGAUGUUCAAGUCUAAUCGAAGAGCGAUACCUCAUCGGUUUAUCUCUGCAUGAUUGACCCACACAUGACCCAAACAUGUGGAGAUAGCCUGUCGGUUGACAAAAGUGGUAUAGCUGCAUUCAAGUUUACUUUGCGCUCAAUAUGAAACAUCGGCGAUCAAGUUCUUACAGUUUUAAAACGGACAUGAACAAUCUAGCGUCAUCUGUCUUCUGCUGUUUUUUGGUUGGCAUGCCAGAGGAAUACUAAGCACAUUUGUGUUGAUUACCAACAAGUGACUGAGCUAGCCAUAGAAACAAACUAACCUGCGAAUACUUUGGCCUGACCUUGGAGCCCCCAAGGAAACAACCGGACCAGAAAAUAUGAAGAUGAGUUGAUUUCCAUAAAGAACUGGCAAGAGUAUGUUUUAAUAAGGAAGCAAAUGAAAAGGCCAUAAAAACCCAAAGAUGGUGACCAUUUUACAGGGUUGGGGUCCCAGUACUGCAUUCCUUACCCUGGUACUGUUUUCUACAGUGUUUUGUGAUUGUGGAGCAGGGGAAAGUAGGGUAUUAGCAGAACAAUCAAAUGAUCGUUUUGAAGUAACAUGAUGGCAAUCUUUGACUGAACUAAACUUGUCAGGUGGGAGGGGGAACAUGCCGGGCAGUUGUCAAGAUGGGCGGUUUACAUCUUAAUCAAAUGGUCUCAAAAUGUUUACAAGAAACAGUACUACCCUGGGAAAUCUCUGUACAAAUGGCCUAAGCCCAUGUUUUCUCUCUGUUGCAUGCAAAUGGUGUGUCUAGUGAAAACCUUUAGAGUCAUGUCCAUUUCAUGUUUGAGACGUUUGGUUCUGCAUCUGGAUCACUCGCAUUCUACCUUGUGGAUGUUUCCGUGUUUGAUGCCUGCACUGCCAUUUGACGGCCUGACGAGAACAAGUCAAACUUGAUAGUGGAGGCAAAAUCAUCGCUUGUCUUUAUUUUUAUAUUUUAUAUAAGCCUUAAUGUACAGCGUGUAAGCUGCUCUAUUGUAAUAUAUCUUUAUAUAAUACGUAUCUAUCUUCAUUUUGGUUGAUUUGGAGCCACACAUUUAUUUUAUUUUUUUGCUUUACCAAUCACCGAAUGUUUUUUUUUGCUUGUUUAUUAUUUUUAUCUCAUCUAAUUGCCAUUUGCUUGAUCAUUCUUUUAAUAAUGUAUUAAGAAUUUUAUUUGCUAAAUAUAAGCUACCAUUGCUUGUAUCUUUGUACACAUAUUUAUAUUUAAAUAAAACCAUUUCCGAUAAA